AUGGCAAAAAACUCUUUGGAUGAAAUAAAAGGUCUAGCGCAGCUGGUGUCGGAACAGUUCAUCUCGGGCGAAGAGCGGCAAGCAACCACCAAGACAAAACAGUCCGAUCACAAUCUGUCGAGCGGGGUGGUGCCGGGGGCGGGAGCGGGUGCGGGCUCGGCUGCGGGCGGUGAGGGUGGCGCGGGGGGUGGCCCGCCCGCCGUGCUGCUACGCUGGAGCGAGGCGCGGCGCUCGCUGGCGCUGGCCGGCCUCUGCUCCACCAUACGCCUGUGGGACGCGGACGCCGAGCUGCUGAGCGCUGACAUCAACACCGAGUGCGAGGCGGCGGCGACGGCGCUGUGGCGUGGGCCGCUGCUCCUGGCCGGCUUCGGCGACGGCUCCGUGCGCGCGUGGGACGAGCGCGCGUCCGCCGCGCCCGCGCUCGCGCUGCACGCGCACUCCGCGCCCGUGCUGUGCGUCGCGCCGCGCCCGCAUCGCCACGCGCUGCUCACCGGCUGCAUGGACGGCGUAAUCCGUGUGUACGACACGCGCAAGAUGGCGGCGGUGGAGAUAGUGCGCGCGCCCGGUCCGCUUGCCGCCGUCGACGUGCACCCGCUCUGCGACUUGCUGGCCUGUGGAUCUGUGAACCAAUGUAUAAGCAUCUACGAUCUGAAGGGUGUAACUCUUAACACAAUUAAAUUCCACGAGGGUUUCAUGGGUGCACGGAUUGGACCAGUCUCCUGUCUCACCUUCCAUCCACUAAGAUGCGCUUUAGGCGUGGGCUCGAAGGACUCUACAGUGUCCGGUCCACGCACCGCCCGCUGCCCACUGCCCACUGCUGCCUCUCACUCGCCGGUACGUGAGCUUGCUGUACAGCCUCGCGCUGCCGCUGCCCUUCCACCAGUGAGCGGGAUCCACGCACCGCUCGCCGCGCACUGCCCACUACCCACUGCUGCCUCUCACUCUCCGGUGCGUGAGCUCACUGUACAGCCUCGCGCUGCCGCUGCCCUUCCACCAGUGAGCGGGGUCCACGCACCGCCCGCUGCCCACUGCUUACUCUCGCCGGUACGUAAGCUCGCUGUACAGCCUCGCGCUGCCGCUGCCCUUCCACCAGUGAGCGGGGUCCACGCUCCGCCCGCCGCGUACUGCCCACUGCCCACUGCUGCCUCUCACUCGCCGGUACGUGAGCUCGCUAUACAGCCUCGUGCUGCCGCUACCUUUCCACCAGUGAGCGGGGUCCACGCACCGCCCACCGCGCACUGCCCAUUGCCCACUGCUGCCUCUCACUCGCCGAUACGUGAGCUCGCUAUACAGCCUCGCGCUGCCGCUACCCUUCCACCAGUGAGCGGGGUCCACGCACCGCCCGCCGCCCACUGCCCACUGCUGCCUCACUCGCCGGUACGUGAGCUCGCUGUACAGCCUCGCGCUGCCGCUGCCCUUCCACCAGUGAGCGGGGUCCACGCACCGCCCGCUCUGCCCACUGCUGCCUCUCGCCGGUACGUGAGCUCACUGUACAGCCUCGCGCUGCCGCUGCCCUUCUACCAGUGA